AUGCAAAAACACAAUCCUGAUGGAAGUUUUGCGAAGUUUCCUUGUACAGUUUGCAACAAGAUUUACUCAAGCAGAACAUGCCUGUACAGGCAUGAGCUAAUUUGCAAAGGCCUCACUUCAAUACAAAAAUGUAAAACCUGCAACAAACAAGUCGACAGCUCUUUGAUGAGAGACCAUAACCGAACACACCAAGAAAAACGUUACGAAUGCCACAUUUGCCACAAGAAAUUCAAAGAGAAUUGGUACCUCAAAAAACACGUCCUCUUGCACGCAGAUCGACUCAAAUUCCCGUGCGACGUGUGCGGGUUCAUGUGCGCCACCCAAUACACCGCGCAGCUGCACAAAAAGGCCAAACACACUAAAGAGUUUGCGGCGUUUUGCGAUUUGUGCGGCAAAGGUUUCGUAAAUGUAAGCUUCCUUAACAAUCACAAAAAGAAAACUCACAAAGACGAAAACGAACCAACACAAUUAUAUCAAUGUACUGUUGAAGGUUGCAACAAAACUUAUCGCUCGAAUAAAUCUUUGAAGCUACAUUUGCCGACGCAUUGUGAGCAAAAACCUGUUCAUCCUUGUCCACAUUGCAGCAAGAUCCUGCAUCAUCCUGAAUCUCUUAAACGCCACAUAAGAAUUAAUCACAGCGGAAAUCCUAAAAAGAUUUAUGAGUGUCGCGUUUGUAAUAAAACGCUUGCAACCAAUGCAAGCCUUAACAAACAUUUGAUGAUUCAUACGGGAGAAAAGCCCUUUGUAUGCGAAUCUUGCGGCAAGUGCUUCAAUAAAAGAAGUCUGUUGAGGAUUCACAUGGUUGUGCAUACCAAGCAGCGACCCUAUGUUUGCAAGGUUUGCAAGAAAGGAUUUACACAGUUGAAAAUUAAAACAGAAUCUUGCCUUAAAUGCAAACAAUGUGGCUACAUUUCCACAAGUCCAAUUUUCCUCAAAGAGCAUACAGUAAUGGUGCACACACAUGAAUAUAGGUACUUUUGCGACUUUUGCAAUAAAGGCUUCUUUAUGAAAUGUCGCAAGAGAUCGCACGAAAGAAGCGUGCACCAGAAAACAGCCAAACGUCGUCCGAAAGGUAAACCUUGGACAUGCAACGAGUGCGGGCGCGUUUUAGCAAACAAGUUUUCCUUUAAACAGCACAAACUUCUAGUGCACGAAAGGGAGUUGAACUUUUGUUGCGACAAGUGCGGCAAAGGAUUUCCGCUUCUUAGUUAUUUGACACAGCACGAGCAAGUCAAUCAUCCCACUAGUGAGCCCUUGACUUGUCCAGAUUGUGACAAAAGGUUUAAAACUCGUGACGCCUUAAGGCGACAUCAGCACGUGCACAGUGACAAUCGUGAGUUUCACUGCGAAGUUUGUCCGAAAAAGUUCAUCCAUAUUACAUCAUUCAAGCGACAUUUGCGCGAGCACAAAAAUGGAAGGAAAAUUUUCGCAUGUGAGGUUUGCAGGAAAAUAGUGACGAGCACUUCAAGUUUGCAAGAUCAUAUGAGGACGCACACUGGCGAGAAGCCUUUUAACUGUACUCACUGUGAUAAGACUUUUGUGACAAAUAAACAGUUAAAAGUGCACAUUGUUGUACAUACGAAAGAAAAAAGACAUUUGUGUAAAGUGUGUGAUAAAAGGUUCACUCAAAGAAGUACUUUGAAGGCGCAUUUUUUGAAAAACCAUCCUGGGGAGACUUUGGAUAUUUUAAAUAAAUAA